UUGUCAUGCAAUCUUUUCCCUGGUAGGCUAUAAAGAGAGCUCAUUGUCCCUCGUACCUCACAUUGUUUUUCAGUCCUUUGUGUGCGAUCGACUUGCAGACGCAUCAGAAGAUACAAAAAUCAUGAGGGUGACGCUAUUCACCGCAAUCAUGCUGAUGGCCUGUUUUAUGAACAGUGAUGCCUUGUGGAGUAGCAGGAGAAGGCGGGACAGUUGGACAAGAACUACUUAUCCAGGACCAGGCCCUACUUAUCCAAGACCGGACCCUACUUUUCCAGACUGGCGUUUCAAAAGAAGUGACGAUCAAGAUGAACAACAACUAUACAAUAUUGAACUUCAAGCUAAUCCAUGCGACUUCUUAACAUAUGAUGUUGAUGGAAAUGGCGGAAUAGCUCUCAAGGAAAUGCAUGCCAUCUUUGGCGACAACAAAAUGGCACUAAAUCUAUUCCUAGACCUGGAUUAUAAUGAAAAUGGGGUUAUUGAAGCGGAAGAAUUCGCUGAGCAAGCUUCUCAGUUCAUUAGAGAAUGUGCUGAUAUUGACACAGUUGAUGACCUUGACACAGAAGAUGAGGAUUAAUGAUAGUGUUAAACUCUUACUUAAAAUGUUUGCUUAGUGUUUUUCCAUAAUAAGACGAUAGAAUUUUUAUACGGCAUUCUUUCCUUAAGUGUUUUGAAUAGUUUCGUAAACUUGAAAUUCUUCUGUAAAGAGCUUUUAGAAGAUCAUUGUUUUCUAUUACUUUAUGUUUGUAUUAACUGAUUUGUAACAUUCUUCAUUUUUGUUAACAUUCAUGAAUGUGAUAAAUUAAUAAAAUCAAAGCAAAU